CUAUGAUCCACGAACAUUCUUUCGGUGAAGAUGCAUAGGGCCCUUACGGGACGUCUGCUUAGGCAGACAUUGAGGGUAGGCGAAGCUGUACCUUCGGCAGGAGUGCCACUGUACUUGUGUCCUGCAGUUGCAGGUCUAUCAAGCAGACUCUCAUGUAUAAGUCUGGGAGCGGCAGUGAAGGUUUCUCAGCGACGAACAAACCACACCGAAGCCAUCUCCAGCAGCAAUGAAUCGACACUUCCGCCAGCAAAACCUACAGAUUCACCAUUAAAACCGGUGCGAAGAUUGCCAUUGACGUGUUCUGGAUGUGGCGCAUUUACGCAAACUGAGGAUCCAGAGCAGCUAGGAUAUCUGGAUGUGACUAAGAGGAGAGUGAGAGAAUGGAUGAACCCUCCUACACGGCAUCAAAAUCUUUUGGAAGGCGAUGAAGAUAAGAUUGUCAACGAGACACUCGGAUCUUUGGACCAGAGCAGAUUAAAAGAACUCGGUCUAGAUCCGGCCAUGCUUGUGGAAGGUGGCGAGCCAGAGACUGAGGUCAAGAACACAAUAUCGCAUCAAAAAGCGCCUGUUUGCGAUCGUUGUCAUGAUUUAUUGCACCAUAGCACAAAGGGUGACACUGCAAAAGUUACAAUGUACCACCCAACAGUCGAAUCUCUGCGUGAGACCAUUGAAGAAUCGCCUCAUAAGUAUAAUCACAUUUACCAUGUCAUUGACGCUGCCGAUUUCCCCAUGUCUCUUAUUCCACGACUUAAUGUACUGCUGGGAGACGUUCCACUACGCACGCGCAAUCGACGAUCUCGAGCGGGCAAAUUCCAGCACGACCGCAAGACUGAGAUGAGCUUCAUUAUUACCAGGAGCGACCUCUUAGGCCCAACUAAAGAGAUGGUAGACGCCAUGAUGCCCUACCUGAAAGAUGUUUUGCGCCAGGCUUUGGGCAGAGUUGGUGAGCGGAUCCGCCUAGGAAACGUCAGGUGCGUCAGCGCGAGACGAGGGUGGUGGACAACAACAGUCAAGGAAGAUGUCUGGAACCGCGGCGGUGCUGGAUGGAUGGUGGGCAAAGUCAACGUGGGUAAAAGCCAACUUUUUGAAGCCAUCUACCCAAAGGGCAGGAUGAUCGAAAAGCCCGAACGAGCUAGUGUAUCGACAAACUCGAGAGCCGCCACAGCGAACUCAACGAUGGAUGAGAACACUUUGGAAAGCGACGAAGACUUGGCAACAGUCAAUCUGGGAUCCCUUCUUCCACCUCCCCAGCCGGCCAAAAAUUACCCAGACAUGCCCAUUGUUUCAUCUCUUCCUGGAACUACUGCGUCUCCUAUCCGCAUUCCCUUCGGCAACGGCAAAGGAGAACUCAUUGAUCUGCCUGGAUUGGCACGCAGUGAUCUUGAGUUGUACGUUAAGGAAGAACAUAGGCAGUCACUUAUCAUGAAAAAACGCAUUGUUCCCGAGCAGAUCACUGUCAAGCCUGGAAGCUCUAUCAUUCUUGGCGGCGGAUUGAUUCGGAUCACGCCGCGAACGCCAGAUAUGAUUUUCCUAAUGUACAAUUUCACGCCACUCCACGAGCAUCUUACGAGCACGGAUAAGGCCAUUGAAUUCCAAGAUCAAACACGUCAAUCUAUCGGUCUUGAAAACAUUACACUACCUGACAUUGGAGACAAGAUGAAGCAUGCUGGCACAUUCAAACUCGAACACGAUGUAACCAAAAAGAGGGCUGGGCCGUUGACCCGAAAGAACGCCAUUGGUCUAAGCGUUGACACACUACCAUUCCGUGUGUUAUCUGUAGACAUACUCAUCGAGGGUGUUGGAUAUGUUGAGAUUGUGGCCCAAGUCCGCAAACGACACUUGGAGCGCAUACUUGCAUCUCAAAAUGCGCCCGCGGAGGCCAAGCAAGAGACGAAGCCUAAGGCGACGCCGCAGGAGACCAACGACCCGUUUGCUGAUAUGUACAACAUGAGAAGGGAUAUGUCGGCUAACGAUACGACCGUGGAGCCCAAGGUUCAACUACAGCCCGAAGAAUCGCCAGAGUGGCCGGCCGUCGACGUCUACUCUCCCCUGGGCAAAUUCAUCGGGUCCAGAAAGCCAAUUAAUGGGUGGCUGAACAACAAGCCACGAGAGACUGCGGAACAAAAGAAGAGCCGGCCGAGGAGAAGCAUGAAAGGGGCGAAGAAGCUUGAAAAGAAGCGAAGGGGCGAGCACCAGGCUGCGUAAUUUGGUGUCACAUGGGUGAGAAUGAGUGUAAGAAUACCUAUCACUACUAUUUGUACAAUAUCAUCAUGAGGAAUGUACCAUCAUAUGACCACAUCCAAAUACCAUUCAACACAUAUAGACAUAGAUAGCAAUACGGAUUGAAAUACGGAUUGAAAUAGGCUAGUAGCCGAAGCG